UACCUAGAAAAAACACGCAUCACAAAACAGCGCGAGGGCUGGCUUGACUUCAGUCUGUAAUGCACCGUUAAACUGGUUUGCCAAUCGCCAUUAAACCAAGAAGAAGAACGAACUCGGAAUUGAGAAACAGCUAUACUCACCUAUAUAGUGAGUAGUGGGUGAUUUCGGACACAGCCGCAGUGAUUUAGUCGUAAAAUAUUUGAGGCCUUGACGCGGAGCUAAUGAGGCUAAAAGCUGUGAAAUCGACGAAAGUUGAAUAUAAAACCGGGAUGAUUUGUCUGUUGGUGUUCCUGUUGGCCCGUCUGUCUCCAGCUUCUUCAGAUGUGGUACGAGUGAAACCUGGAGAUGAUGUCAUUCUGCCAUGUCAGGCUGGUGAAGCCUCCAUCAGAGCUGUAGAGUGGACCAGACCUGACCUGGAGUCAGACUACGUCCUCCUUUACAGAGAUGGACGCUCAGAUCCAACCCACCAGCAUCCAUCCUUUAAGGACCGGGUGCAGCUGGUGGACAGAGAGCUGAAGGACGGAGACGUGUCUUUAAUUCUGAAGAACGUGAGCAGCAACGACGCUGGAACAUACGAGUGUCGAGUUGCAGCAGGUGAUUCAAGACGUAAGAGAGCCAACAUUGAGACUGAGCCAAUCAGAAUCUACCAGCUGGAGGUUUCAGAUGUGGUACGAGUGAAACCUGGAGAUGAUGUCAUUCUGCCAUGUCAGGCUGGAGAUGUCUUCAUCAGAGCUGUAGAGUGGACCAGACCUGACCUGGAGCCAGAGUACGUCCUCUUUUACAGAGGUCGACGCUCAGAUCCAACCCAGCAGCAUCCAUCCUUUAAGGACCGGGUGCAGCUGGUGGACAGAGAGCUGAAGGACGGAGACGUGUCUUUAAUUCUGAAGAACGUGAGCAGCAACGACGCUGGAACAUACGAGUGUCGAGUUGCAGCAGGUGAUUCAAGACGUAAGAGAGCCAACAUUGAGACUGAGCCAAUCAGAAUCAUCCAGCUGGAGGUUUCAGAUGUGGUACAAGUGAAACCUGGAGAUGAUGUCAUUCUGCCAUGUCAGGCUGGAGAUGUCUUCAUCAGAGCUGUAGAGUGGACCAGACCUGACCUGGAGCCAGAGUACGUCCUCUUUUACAGAGGUCGACGCUCAGAUCCAACCCAGCAGCAUCCAUCCUUUAAGGACCGGGUGCAGCUGGUGGACAGAGAGCUGAAGGACGGAGACGUGUCUUUAAUUCUGAAGAACGUGAGCAGCAACGACGCUGGAACAUACGAGUGUCGAGUUGCAGCAGGUGAUUCAAGACGUAAGAGAGCCAACAUUGAGACUGAGCCAAUCAGAAUCAUCCAGCUGGAGGUUUCAGGUUCCAACAGCGGAGACGUCGUGGAGGGAAACUACGGUCUUUACUACGGACUGGGAAGUUUCGUUUUAUUCUGGUUUAUUUUGUAAAUUGAAAAGAUUGUAUCAUGCUUGAAAUUGAAGGAAUUAUUAUUACUACUUCUCCCAAAUGAAUUGCAAUUACGACGGGAUAAAACUGAUCAAAAACUCUCCAAACAC